AUGUCUGCGUGCGUGGCCGUCCCGGCCUGCAAUGGCACCACGUACCCCAACCCUUACGUGUACAAGGCGUCCACCGCUUGCGCGUGCUGCCCGCCCGUGAUUGUCAUGCUCGAACUCUCCUCGCCGUCCGAUCAGCUCGGCAAUCCGCGAAUCACGCCGUCCGUUGCGGACUCGCUCAAUUCUCACGUCGAAUCCGUUCUAGGCCUCUCCAACGAUCAGGUGACCCUCUUUGGCGUGAACAGCGCCGACACGUCUGACACCGCCACGUUCCUCGUGUUCCGCAACGACACGCUGGCGUGGAGCGGUGUUGACGUGGCGGAGAUGGUGAACCGCCUGCGCAACAACUCCGCCUUCGCCGCCCCUGAGUUCGCCUCCGCUGCUCUCUUGACCGCUGCGGCUGGCACUCCCUCCAACGUCGCCACUGCUCCCAGCAUGUUCUCACCCGUUUCUGCUGCCUCGCCCGUUACUGCUGCCGCACCCGCUGACAUCCCCACUGCCUUCCCACGUGGUCCCUGGCAGAUUACCCGCCAGGGCAGCCCAUUCCGCCUCUGCUGCUCGCCUCGCCGACUGCUCCCCAAGGUACGCCCUCCACCACAUCCCACCCCCCUCGGUAACGACCUCCACCACAUUUACCUCCCUCACCUCCCUUUCUUACGACCUCCACCACAAAAAACCUCCCUCAGCUACGUCCUCCACCACAUCCCAACUCCCUCAGCAGGUACGCUCUCUCAUCCCAAAGUGCCUUCCGCUGCCACACCCUCCAUCACAUCGCACCUCCCUCAGUACGACCUCCACCACCAACCUUUCACCCUACCCCUCCAUCCCCACCCCACUCCCCCACCACCCCUCCCUACUCCCUUCCAUCCCGCCCACAUUGUCCCCCCACUUCCUGGCCUCACCAGCCAACAACACCACGAGCAGCAGCAGCAGCAGCAGCAGCGAGCCCAAGUGGUGGACCAUUCUGCUCAUCGUGCUGGCGAUCAUCUUCACCGGUGCUGCGCUGGCAGCCGCUGGGUUCUCAUGGUACCGCGCCAAGCUGGCACGGGAGCUGCUGCUGCGGCAGAAGGCUCUGGAGGAGGAACAGCGCAAGGAGAAGGAGGAGAAGGAGAAGCAGGAGGAGCUGCUGGUAGUGCACUCAAUCCCAACCCUCUUCCCUCCUUUUCCCCUUCCAUCCCACCCCCUCUCUCCCCUCUUUUUCCAGAUUCAGCCAAUAACACCACGAGCAGCAGCAGCAGCAGCAGCAGCAGCAGCAGCGAGCCCAAGUGGUGGACCAUUCUCCUCAUCGUGCUGGCGAUCAUGUUUGCCUUCUCUCCCUUCCCUUCUGUCCCUCCCCCUCCGCACCCCCAGCCAACAACACCACGAGCAGCAGCAGCAGCAGCAGCAGCGAGCCCAAGUGGUGGACCAUUCUCCUCAUCGUGCUGGCGAUCAUGUUUGCCUUCUCUCCCUUCCCUUCUGUCCCUCCCCCUCCGCACCCCCAGCCAACAACACCACGAGCAGCAGCAGCAGCAGCAGCGAGCCCAAGUGGUGGACCAUUCUCCUCAUCGUGCUGGCAAUCAUGUUUGCCUUCUCUCCCUUCCCUUCUGUCCCUCCCCCUCCGCACCCCCAGCCAACAACACCACGAGCAGCAGCAGCAGCAGCAGCAGCGAGCCCAAGUGGUGGACCAUUCUGCUCAUCGUGCUGGCGAUCAUCUUCACCGGUGCUGCGCUGGCAGCCGCUGGGUUCUCAUGGUACCGCGCCAAGCUGGCACGGGAGCUGCUGCUGCGGCAGAAGGCGCUGGAGGAGGAGCAGCGCAAGGAGAAGGAGGAGAAGGAGAAGCAGGAGGAGGAGGAGAAGGGGAAGGAGAAUGGCGAGGAGCCUGGGUCGCUCAAGAAGGACGAGAGCCGGUCCAUGCGGAAGACCAGCAGCAUGUCAGCGUCUCAGUCCAAGGCGCGCAGCCAGUCGGACUUCGGAUUGAAGGUGCAGGAGAACUUCGUGAAGGCGCUGGCUUUGGAGGAUGUGAUUCGCGCGACGGACAAAUUUGCGAGCGACAACGAGCUGGGGUCGGGCGGGUACGGCACGGUCUACAAGGGCGUGGCGCCAGGCGGCACGCUGUGGGCUGUGAAGCGCGCCAAGAACGCGAAUGAGGAGGGCAUAGAGGACUUUCAGAACGAGGUGGACGUGAUCAGCAAGAUGUCUCACCGCAAUCUGGUGCGCCUGCUGGGCUACUGCGAUGAGAAGGGCGAGCAGAUCCUUGUCUAUGAGUUUGUGGCCAACGGCACCCUCAGGCAGCACAUCCGCCCCAGCAACCCGACCAAGCGGCCGUUGACGUUUGAGCAGCGGCUGGAGAUAGCAGUGGGGGCGGCAGAGGGCCUUAAGUACCUGCACAGCGCUGCAGAGCCGGCUAUCAUUCACCGGGACAUCAAGUGUGAUAACAUCCUGCUGGAUAACGACAUGAUGGCCAAGGUGGCGGACUUUGGAGUGUUCAAGAAGAGCGGCAGCAACAAGCCGGGAGACGAGAUGAACACCCGGGUGGUGGGCACUCCGGGCUAUGUGGACCCCGAGUAUUACCAGACGUACAAGGUCACGACCAAGAGCGAUGUUUACAGUUUCGGAGUGGUGCUACUGGAGCUGAUCACAGGCCGCCCGCCCAUCAUGGAGGACCCCUCGGUGGAGAACGAGUCGUACAUGGUCACACUCUCACGCUGGGCGACGCCCAAGAUAGCGGCAGGAAAGGUGGAGAGCAUAUUGGAUCCGCGACUCACAGGCGCAUACCCGCGCCAGGCGCUCAACAUGCUGGCAGCCGUCACCGCCAUGUGCGUGCGCCGCCUCGGCCGCGACCGCCCCGAGAUGGCCGAGGUCGCCACCCGCCUCGCGGAAAUCAAGUACUUCUUAAAGCCCUCGUCCGGGAUUCUCGAGCCGGUGAUGAAUCUGUUCCCGGAUGACGAUUUGGAGGACCGGGAGGAUAACCUGAUGGAUAUUGCAGAGGAGGAGGAAGAUUAUGACCAUGUGCCCGAGUAUAUUCCCGGGACGUCGACUGGGGUGAAUCCGUACACGAGCGCGGACAUUGCUGCGCCCGUGUCGAUGGUGUUUAGUGAUAGAUAA